AUGGAGGGCUUCCAGCCGGUGGCCGCACGUCAGGGGGAAGAGGCGUCCUGCUCCUCCUGGGGGGCCGGCAGUGUGAAUACAAAUUUGCCCAAUAUGCCAACAGAAUCUGUGGAGAUUGAUGAUGCAUUAUACAGUCGACAGAGGUACGUUCUUGGAGACACAGCAAUGCAGAAGAUGGCCAAGUCCCAUGUUUUCUUAAGUGGUAUGGGUGGUCUUGGUUUGGAAAUUGCAAAGAAUCUUGUUCUUGCAGGGAUUAAGGCACUUACAAUUCAUGAUACAGAAGAAUGCCAAGCAUGGGAUCUAGGGACCAACUUCUUUCUCUGUGAAGAUGAUGUUGUUAGUAUGAGAAACAGGGCUGAAGCUGUACUUCAACAUAUUGCAGAAUUAAAUCCAUAUGUUCAUGUCACAUCGUCUUCUGUUCCUUUAAAUGAAACUACUGAUCUUUCCUUCUUACAUAAAUACCAG